CUGUGACGUAGGCUAUAGUAUACCCAAUUAUACUUAAUGGGUUGGCAUAAAUACUGUUUUUGAGUUUCAGUUUUUGACCAUCUUUCUCGUGAGGAGAAAAAAAAAAUUCCAGAUAAAUAAAUUUAAAUGAAAUUUUAGAUAAAUUUAAAUAAAAUUUUUCAGGCAUUCAGAUAGCUUUAAAAUUAAUUAGUUUUAUUCAGAAUUUAUAUUAAUCAAAUAAGAUGACUCACUUACAAAAAAAUGCCCGCUAUGACAGACCUGUUCCUGAACCACAUUUUAUACCUGGAUAUACUGGUCACUGUCCAUUCUUAAGUGAUUAUGUUGGAAUUAAUUAUCCAUGGGCUACUCACGCCGUUAUGCAAUUCAGACCAGAUAUAGCUAAGAGAUUGUCGGCUAUGAGAUAUUCUGAUGUGAUCAAGCAGGGUGACAGAACAAACCAGUGGGAGAGAGUGCGGGACAAAGCAAUGAAGAAAGAAAGAAAAUGUUGGAUGAAGCAAUUUGACCAGGAUGGAAAAGAUCUAAUGGCAAAAACAAGAUGUUGCGAAAAUAUGCAAGGAGCCAAAGCUGAGAAUUCCAGCAUGAAGCCCUGUUAUGUGGUUGAAGUUUUUAAAGAGUUUCACUAGUGUUGAUCAUUUACAAAAGCUCAAAUCAAAAAUAAAAUUUAAAAUACAAAAAAAAUCUUAGUAAAGGAGCAUGAAUAAUUUAGUCGAACCAAUUG